AUGUCCCUCCCUACCACCAUGAAGGCCGUGAUCAUCAAGGAGCCGUAUGUGCUCGCGCUUGAAGAGAGGCCCUUCCCCCAGCUCAAGGCAGACACGGAUGUCAUCAUCAAGGUGUCGACGGCGGGUAUUUGUGGCUCCGAUCUCCACAUCUACCGCGGCCACCAGCCCGGGCCAUACAACUUCAUCAUCGGCCACGAGGCUGUUGGCACGAUCGUCAAGGCCGGCGAUGACGUCAAGAAGUGGAAGGUCGGCGACCGUGUCAUUGUGCCCUUCUCGACCAGCUGCGGCAAGUGCUACUACUGCGCCAAGGGCUACACGUCGCGCUGUGCCAACGGCGACCUGUUCGGCAGCGUCAAGGCGGACGGCAUGCAGGCCGAGUACGCUCGCGUGUCGCAUGCCGACGGGUGCCUGUUCGCCGCGCCGGCCGACAUCCCCGAGAAGCUCAUGGUGCUCAUGGCCGACAUCGUCCCGACGGGCUACUACGUCGCGACGAACGCCAAGCGGCUCGCGGACGAGGACAGGUCGGACCAGCUCGACAAGGUCGGCAAGAAGGGCGGCGUGGCCGUCGUCAUUGGCUGUGGACCCGUCGGGCUGUGCGCCAUCUCGUCCGCCGUGACCAUGUUCGACAAGGUCUUCGCGACCGAUAUCGCCGAGCACCGUCUCGAGGCCGCCGCGCGCCACGGCGCCAUUGCGCUGCCCGCUGACAAGGUCAAGGCUGCCAUCCUUGAGGCGACGGAGGGCCGCGGCGCCGACGCCGCGCUCGAGGUCGUCGGCCACGCUGCCGCGAUCGACACGGCAGUUGACCUCGUGCGUCCUUAUGGCGUCAUCUCGAGCUGCGGUGUGCACACGCACCCCGUGACGGUUCCUGGCUCUGCGCUCUACGGCAAGAACCUCCGCUUCCAGUACGGCCGCUGCUCGGUGCAGACCUUCAUCCCAGGCGCUAUCGAGAUCCUGCGGACCAACAAGGACCUGUUUGAGCACUUUAUCGAGAACGAGAUUGGCUUCGACGAGGUCGUUGAGGUAGGUCUGGUGGCUGGAGGCCGCGCUAACGCCCAGUCGUACAAGCUGUUCGAGAAGAACAAGAUUGGCAAGACGGUCAUCGUGCUGGACAAGUAGGAGGUAGUUUGGGUCUGGUGUAUGUCGUGUGUAUUGUAGUUUGGGCGAUGAACGAGAUUUUCUGCAG